AUGACGACCCUCAAAUCACUGCUCGAGCGACUGGAUCUCGCGCGCUAUCACGAUGCCUUUGUUGAUGAAGGCUUCGACACAUGGGACACGCUCAUGGAUAUCACCGAGUCGGAUCUCGAGGCUCUCGGCGUGAAACUUGGCCAUCGACGGAAACUCCAGCGAGCCAUCCUUGAAGCAUCCAAAGACAGAAUUCCUCUGCCGCUGCUCCUGACGUCCGAGUCGCGCGACGAAUCUGCUGGCCUCGAUGGAUUCAAGAAAAGCCAGCCCCCUCAACUCCAGCAACAAACUUCCAAUGGCUCUCAGGAUCACGACACUGCAAGUCGAACCAGCGGACCACCACCACAGAGGAGCAAACGAAAGUACAGGCGUCAUCCCAAAGCAGACGAGCAUGCACCAGAGCGCCCCCCUUCGGCAUACGUCAUCUUUUCAAAUCAAAUCCGCGAUCAACUCAAAGGGCAGGAACUCUCCUUCACCGAGAUUGCCAAGCUGGUAGGUGAGCGAUGGCAGGAGCUGCAGGCACACGAAAAGGAACCCUGCGAACGCGAGGCUCAAGCUCUCAAGGAUACGUACUAUUCGGAACUCAGGAAAUACAAAAAGACACCCCAGUAUCAGCAGUAUCAGGACUAUCUGGCCGAGUUCAAGGCCAAACACUCGGGCGACGCCAACCAACAGCAACAAGGCCCGGACUACAAGAAAUCAAAACUUCGACCCGAGACCAGCAGCCAAUCGCGCAUCUUUGAAGAGUCGGUUGUCGACGGCGAAGAAGGUGCUGAUGCUAUGGACGGCGUUGAUGGCGAUGAUGGUAUGGACGGCAUUGACGGCACAUACAACCAGCCGCCGUCGCCAUUAGACAAAGUCCGAGCUUCACCCACCCAUAGCCCGACCAACCUCGAACGCUACCGCCUUUUUCCCAUCCCCAGAGGCCCGUCAGACUCGACUACUUCCUCGGCCUACUCGACCUGGCGGUCCAACCAACCUAGCCAGCCUCACCCCUCGCUGCAUCGCUACACCACCAUGUCCACACUUUCGUCGGACCAAGACUCGCGCUCGCUGGCUUCCUCUUACCCUGCUCCCACCACUACUCCUACUACCGCUCCCGCCACUUCUCCCACAACUGCUCCUACGAACGGUGCCGCUCCUGCCUCCGCUCCUCUAGGUUCCGCCCUCCAUUCUAGUGCGACAAACAAACCUGCUCCAACCACAAACACAAUUCUUCCCCCUAUCAACUCCUUGACCUCCAUAGCUACGCGCAACUCCGCGGAUACCCCUCUCCUUAACUGGCCCUUGCAUACCACACUGCCCCUUCUCGAUCCGAGAGCCAUGUCGAAACGCUCGACUCCGGAUUCGCUUUACUCGUCUCCACGGAUGCACCAAGUCACUCAACCAGGACAGUCACUACGUUCCCCACCGUGGCAGUCGACGCAUGAUGCAACUGAUGGUAAUAUCAAGAACAAGGCUUCGCUGUCUACUUUGCUCCGCGCCACCGAACACGUCGAACGUGACGACAAAUCCCGCUCGUCCGAUUCGACACGCAAGAGGUAG